GUUUGUUAAAAUCACGUAAUAAAAUCAUCCGAGAUCCGUCAGACAGGACUAGUCGACACUGGCAGACUCGAUCAAGUUUACUCCUCAGUCAGUCACGACUAAGCGAUGCAGAGAUAAUGGAGCUGCUGUGGCUGUUUACGCCGCUUUUCCUUUGGCUCCUGGCUGGAACUGAGUUUAGUCUUGCUGAUAAAGAAAUACAGUGGCAGAAAUAUCUCAAUAAGAUUGCUGAAGGAGCGAAGAAGUACCAGCCAUGCAGCCAGGAGAACUGCAGCUGCCACAUCAGCGUCCUGAAAGGUGACCUGUUGCCGUUCAGAAAUGGUAUAUCAAAGGAGCUGAUGUCAGACACGGUGCAGCGUGGUGUGGGGACACACUACCAGAUCAUCGGACAAAAGCUGUACCGAGAACAGGACUGCAUGUUCCCAGCCAGGUGCAGCGGAGUAGAGCAUUUUAUCCUGGAAGUGAUUGACCGAUUGCCUGAUGUGGAGAUGGUCAUUAAUGUGCGUGAUUACCCUCAGGUUCCUGGAUGGUCUCAGCCACUGCUGCCUGUUUUUUCCUUCAGCAAGACACCAGACUACCGGGAUAUCAUGUACCCUGCAUGGACAUUUUGGGAGGGAGGUCCUGCAGUGUGGCCGAUUUAUCCCACUGGACUGGGUCGUUGGGACUUGAUGAGAGAUGACCUGAAAAAAUCAGCAGCUCAGUGGCCCUGGAAAAAGAAAAGUUCCAAAGGGUACUUCAGAGGCUCCAGGACCAGUUCAGAGAGAGACCCUUUAAUCCUGCUGUCAAGAGAGGCUUCUGACCUGGUGGACGCAGAGUACACCAAGAACCAGGCCUGGAAGUCAGAGAAGGACACUCUGGGAAGACCCCCAGCCAAAGAAAUUCCCCUGGUUGACCACUGUGAAUACAAAUACCUCUUUAAUUUCCGUGGGGUAGCAGCCAGUUUUCGUUUCAAGCACCUAUUCCUCUGCGGUUCCUUGGUGUUCCAUGUAGGGGAGGAGUGGGUAGAGUUCUUUUACCCUCAGCUCCAGCCCUGGGUGCACUACAUCCCUGUCAAACAGGACCUCUCUGACCUCAGGGAGUUGUUGCUGUUUGUCAAGGAAAAUGACAAAGUAGCAGAAUCCAUCGCAAUAAGAGGUCAGAAUUUCAUCAAGGAUCACCUUCAUAUGGAAGAUGUGUCCUGCUACUGGGAGAGGCUCCUCACUGACUUCAGUAAGCUGCUCACGUACAAGCCCAAGCGCAAGUCCAGCUACAAGCAGGUCACCCACAAACCCAGCAGGUCCGAGCUUUGACCUGAGCACUGUUUCAUUCUUUAUGUUCAGACCGUCAUGAUUGUUCGUCAUCCACAUUUUAAAGAAUGGUGAGCGAUUAAAGACGUAUUCCGUAUUAGUCACAUAGUAGUCAGCAAACAAUUCUUAUCAGUCACAGCAUAAUAAGAUUGAAGGUAAUAACUGAAAGUAAGCCUGGAGUUCAGAGGUUAAAAAUGUAUCCCUUUUGAGGGGGAAUUGCCCCGAUUUUCCAACUUUGCUGCAUAGUUCAGUUGUUCAGAUGCAAACAAUGUGGUUAAUGUAGAAAAAAAUGAUUAACUCUUUAUAGUGGUGGUGAUAGAAACGAGGGGACCGGAUGUCUGGAACACAAAUUUAGCCAUUUUUCUUAUUAUCCAAACCACUACAGAUCCUACACGUAAUGUUGAUAAUGGUGAAUUUGGUAUAAAUUCAAACAAAUAUGUUUUUUUUUUGGGUUCUAUUUUGCCUUGCAGCAACCUGCAUGUACCUCUUCACCCUGAGUGUAUUUUAAUAAAUGCAUUUUGGACCAAAACCUUAAUCUAUCAUAAAAUACUGUGUCAGACAUCAGACUCUGUACUUAUAUCUGUUUCAUGUAAUAACUGUCUGCUUUUAAAGACAUUGACCUCUUCAAACAUUUGGUUCCUAUCACUAGCACUGUGAACAGUUCUGACUCCGUGAGCAUUUCACAUCAAACCACUCCGGAAGAUUUUGUUUACAUCCCAACAAUUAAAUUAUGCAGACAUUUUGGAAUUUCCAUUUAAACGUUUGUGGGGGGGAAGCAGUAUUGAAGACAGCUCUGUCUAAUGAGUUAAAUGUUUUUACCCAAUACAGUCAUUAGUAGCCAAGAAGUGAUGAGUUGGAAUCGAAAAUCAGUCGAGCAGAUCUGUUAGAGAACAUUUGGCAGUUUCACACUGAUGUGUCUCUACAUACUCAGUAAAGGCAGCUCCUUCGUUGAUGCCGUUUCUCUGCAACUGUUCAACCUGUGGAUUUACAAUCUUGAACCUGCAGCUUUAAAAUGCUCCAAAGUGCUCCUUUCUAUGUCAAGCUCAGCUGUCACGUCUUGCUUUCCCUGUCACAAUAACUACAACCAAUCAGUGCAGCUUGUAAUUCUUUUACAUAUAAUGUUUCUGCUAAUCAUCUAUAUUGUUCUGUUUUAAAUUCUUUUAUCAAUACAGUUAUGAAUAGAGUUUUAGAUGUAUUGAAAAAUACUUUAGCAGCACAGAUAUUUGGCACUUUAGCAGUUUCUUUUUCUUUACCCUCAGAAUCUUCGUAAAUGUCAAAGCGCUCAGUUAUGAAAUGGUUUAAUGGAAACAUUAAAGGGAUUGUUUUUUUUUUUCUUCUCCAUUCUUCUCUUUCUUUCCUGUCCUCUUUUUUCUCUCCUUUAUUGCCUGUCAGGCCUGGCCAAACAAAUAAAAUACAAACAUUAACAAGAAUAGGAUUUGGUAACCUAUAGAGCUGUUCUUGUGAAAACAAAUAUGUUUGGUACAUCAGUGCAUUCGGAUUACCAUUCCGAUUGCAAAAAUUGCCAGACAUGACAGGUUAAAAAAAAAAAAAAAAGGGGGAUUGUUUUGCAAAAAAUCUCAUUUGUGCAGCUUUUACCACAGCUAAUUGCUCAACCAAAACAGGUCUGAUGUUUUUUUCCAGUUUUGUAGAAGUUCAAGGCCUCAAGGCUGCUGCUACUACUCUUUUUAGCUAUGCAAUGUACUUCUGUUUUUAUAGGUAACGGUAUGUCAUACGGUGUGAGAGUCUGUUUGAGAUCAUUUAGCAACUUGAUGCAGUUUGAGGUAAGCAUGUGACGAAUGAGGCGUUCAGUUUAGCACAUUAAAGAAACAUCCUUCAUACAUCAGACAUGUUUUGGGUGAUUGGCUGCAUUUGGUCUUGUAUUUGGAAAGUGUACUUUUUGCCUGUUUCUUUAAGCAGUUUGAAACGAUUGACUGAACGGUUUUAUAUCACUGAAAAAAUGUUUUUCUCAGCCCCGAGCACCAUAUCAUAGUGUUGAACUCACUGUCAGAUUUAAUUCAGUUUAGUUAAGAAGUUGUCAUCAAAUAUAGAACCUAGAAUAUAUAUUCUAUAUUCUAGAAUAUAGAAACCUAUAGAAUCCAAGUUGCGAUAUGAUUUGUUUGUUUGUUACGGUCUCUCCACACUUUAGUCCUUCUGUAGUAUUUAAGUCUGUCUGUGCUUUUAUGUUUUGAGGUGAGAUGAGUUCACGUUAGGUUAUUGCUCCUUUUUUUGUUUGUCUAAGGACCUAGAUAUAGCUGCCUCGGAGACAUUUGUACUUUUAAGCAUAAUAUUGUUCAAUAUUGGUUUGAUUUUUGAAGUCAAUAGCCACAGACACUGUCUUUUCUCACCUUUUUCAACUACCUGAACUUUGACCAGUUUUCCAUUUCCCCAAUUUAGGAGAUGGGUGGUGGUCUUAACAGGGAAUUCCACAAAAUUUUCAGUGUAAUUCAAUCAUUAAGAUAUAAAGUCAUUCAAAUUGGUUUGAUGUGAAAUACUAAUUUAUAGAGAAAUUUAUAUUCAGAAUCGUUCACAGUGGAGCUGAUACGAUCCAGAAAUUCUGAAGAGUUCAGUUCCUUUAAAAGCUGCCCCACAGAAAGUUAUUAUAUGGCAGCCUGAUAUAAUUUUACUAUAGUUUUGAGAAGGUUGAGGGUUAAACUAGUAUAUUCACUCUAGAGAGGUGCAUGCAGGGCAUUGUAAGGUAAAAAAGUCCCCUCAAUUUUUUUUCUGCUUUGCCACUAUUUUAACGUUGUCAGCUUAGAAAGACUUGUGACAAUUAUUACGUAAUCGCAGAUCAUAAUUAUUUGAGCAAAUUAAAAUGAUUUUAGCUGAUCGCAAUGAUUUGCCACAAUUGUUAUCUUUCACAGUCAUAUAUUAAUGUUGCAAAAAACAGAUUGUUGUCAUUUGGUUUGAGGUAAAUAGACGCAAGUAAAAGAAAGCGGUAAACAUAUUUAUUAAGACAGGUUUUAGCUCUUACGAAAACAGCAAAAGUUAUAACUUCUGACACCUUUAGAGGGCACCAGUGAGUAAUAUUUAUUUAUUUAAGCUCAAGCUGUUUCUGUUGUCAGUUGGGAGCUACUAAGUGUCUAUAGUUAAAAAGAUAGAUAAUCAGGUACUUUGGCCAUUUUUGUUUAAUACCUUGAUUGACCGCAAUUAUUGAUAUGGUAAUAAAUCAUAAGCAAAUAUUUUAUUAUCAUGAUGGACCUAUUUAUGGCUGUAUUUGUGGUUCACCCCACCAUAAAGAAAUACAAGCCAGCAGCUUUCUCUACAACGAACCAUUUUACAUUAAACCACUCUGAAUGAUUUAAUUAUGCUGAAAUUGUGAAAAAUCUGUGAAAUUCUGCUUUAAUAGAGCCAAAAAGGAGAACCUGUGUAUACUAUGCUGCCCUCUGCUGUCCACUAACUGGAGAAACAGGGCCUUAAGAAUGUAAUGCAGCUUCCUUUCAUGUGUUUGUGCUGUCGUUGCCAAUGAAACACUACCGACAAAUCGACCUCACCUCAGUAGGAGGGUUUUCUUGAUCUUAUCAUCAGUACUAGUGACACAUGGGUUUUCCAGUAAGUACAGUAGUCAAAUUCAUCACGAAAGUGCCACAGAAAUGUUUGAAUGUAAAAGUCAUUUUGCCAUGCACAACAUCCUGCGAAUUCCACCUGCACUCGUUCAUUUAGGGGUUAUGAUCUAGAGCCACAUUGGCACUCAAACGUUGAAUAUGUUCUAGUAUUCUAAAAUAUGUUAGCAAUAUGUUAUUUUGUGUUUAGAUCUGUAGGCUAAGUGGAUUUACACUGCUCUGUUUUGUUCAUUGACCGAAGUGCAGUGGACAGGCCAAGUUAAACUGAUCUCAAACAUUAAACGAAGAACUGAACCAGGAUGUGUUUUCAUGCAUGCCGGCACUAUGACGAUGUGCUUUUUUUACAUUCAGACACUCAUGUUCAUACUUACUGCUGAAAUUAUGUUUGGGAGAUACUUUGCUUUUGAGACCAAAUAAAUUGUAUUUUCAAAA